AUGUCUUUGAACUCAAGAUGGCAGACUGUGUGUUGCCAGAUACUUUGCCGCAGGAGAUGUCAUCAUCAUACCAAAAGUUCACAUUGCCGAGCAAGGAGGAAGGCCACCCCUUUCGUCACCAGUGCCAGCUAUGACGAGCUCACCUUCGUGUGGUACAAAGAAGCCCAAAGCCAGGAGUACUUGAAGAAAUGGGUGCUGGAACGAAAAAUGACUCAACGAGUCGAAGACCUGCAGCCCUCGGAAUGGUUCCGAAGCAAAUACAGCGAGUGGAACAAGAUAAUCCAGCUGUGGAAGAGGCCCAUGCCAGCGCCGGCACCGAGCAACUUCCCAGCAAAGUCUCAGAGGAGGCGCUGCCGCUGGAAGAUAUGGCAGAAGUAGCUACAACAAUGCCUACAGUCGGCGCUGAGACGUCCGACAAAAAGAGUCAAUAGAGUCAAGUUGCAGGACAAGGGAA